AUUUGUACAAGAUGGCUGCGUCCAUUUUCUAAUGGCAUGAAUUAAUUAAUUAAUCGUCGAUAUAUCAUGACUAUGUCAAUUUUGUUCCACUUUUCUAUGUCCUAACACCAACUGUUUUAUAUUGGAAAAAUUUUUUCCUCAUACUGAUAAAAAUGUAACUUCUGUACUUUCAAUUUCCUAUUUUCUGUUGUUGAUGUUUUAAAUUUUAAGACUAUGGAACGUUUGACCACAUCAUCGUGGGCGCGGGAGCAGCUGGGUGUGUAAUAGCGAACCGGCUUACCGAAGAUAGCUCACGUCGUGCACUUCUCCUCGAGGCUGGUGAACAUGGUACGGAUUUGACAGAUAUACCAGCAAUGAGGAAUUAUCUAACCGAUUCCAACUACAACUGGGGCUACAUGUCUGUUCCGCAAACUACAGCGUGUUUAGGCCUUAAGGAACAACGUUGCAGCCUACAUCGGGGUAAAGGGAUUGGCGGCAGCACCAUCAUCAAUGGUUUGUUUUACGUCAGAGGGAAUGAUAGGGAUUAUAACAACUGGUACAGUCAAGGAAACGUCGGAUGGUCCUACAAGGACGUGUUGCCUUAUUUUAAAAAGUCAGAGAACUACUUGGAAGGUGAUCCCAGGUACCACGGUAAAGAAGGAUACUUAAACGUGGAAACCUGGGAAGAAAUAAGCAUGCAGACCCAAGCGUUCUAUGAUGCACAUAAGUUGUUAGGAAUGAAGGAGUUAGAUUUCAACGGGGAAAGCCAAUUAGGUUAUGGGAAACCGGAGUUCAAUAUUAAACACGGAAAACGACAAAGUACAGGGAACGCAUUCAUAUUACCUAUUUUGAGCAGAUCAAACCUUGAGCUACUGACGAAUAGUUACGUAAUCAAAGUCCUUAUUGAUAAGCAGAAGAGAGCCUAUGGAGUCCUAUUCACUAGAAAUGGAAAACUUUACAAAGCCGUAUCUCGUAGUGACAUUAUUCUUUCAGCGGGUGCGUUUGGUUCCCCUCAUUUGCUAAUGCUGUCCGGAAUUGGCCCAAGAUCUCAUUUGGAAGAGACUGGCAUAUCUGUUGUCGAAGAUUUGCCAGUUGGCGAACUUCUUCUUGAUCACACAGGAUUAUACUAUUUAGAUUUCGCUACUAAUUACACCGAAACCGAGCGCCCCUUAGAUGACCUUGUGCGGAGGUACAUCGCAGGAGGUGGUCCACUGGCCAAUGCUUUUUCAAUGGAUGGUAUUUCCUUUUUACAAACAAAGCGAUCGAAGAACACAAAGUACCCCGAUGUAGAGAUUCUAAUGAUCCCUUCCAUUAACAGUGACGAAUCCACUGCUAAAUUCUGGAAUAUCGAGGAGAACGUGUUAGAAGAUGUAUUAAAAGAUAAUGAUCCGAGGCGUAGCUUUACGAUAGCCGGUUUUCUCAUGCAUCCCAAGUCGAAAGGAUUUAUGCGCUUAAAUUCCAGCAAUCCCUUUGAUUAUCCUGUUAUCAACCCAAUGCUGCUUUCCGAUCCCGAUGGGGUUGACAUUGAGACCAUGUAUCAAAUGAUUGAGUUAGUGUUGGAAAUGGUAAAAACGGAACCAUUUAAGAAACUUGACACAAAACUAAGACAUGCGCCACUGUCGGCAUGCAAAGACCAUAAAUACAAGUCACGAAAUUAUUGGUACUGUUUUCUGAGGCAUCUUGCUCUACCUUUAUUCCAUACGGUUGGGACUUGCAAAAUGGGCAUCCAUCCAAGUAAGGGAGCUGUCGUGAAUCCGGAGCUCAAGGUGUUCGGCGUUGACAAUUUGCGAGUUGCCGAUGCAAGUAUUAUGCCAUCAACCACGUCGGGUCAUACUAGUGCACCUACUAUGAUGAUUGGGGAGAAAGUGUCAGACAUAAUACGUUGCACCUAGUCUUGUAGAAUAAAUCGAUUUUUAGCGUCCUUAGCAAUGUAAUUUUUUUUAAAUUUACAGUCAUUCAUAACUAAGAACAUCAUGAAUUUAACAUUCUUUGCAUCGUUUUACGUAGACGCGAUAGACAUAAUCAUUUUAAAUUAUGAUGUCUUUUUAACAAAUUAAGUUAAUAACAAAAAAUAAUGAAAUCUAAUUGCUUAAGAAAUGGGAUUUAGUAUACCCAAAACCAGAAAAUGCGUUUUAUUCGUUUGAUGAAUUUUCAGCAGCAUCAAAAGGACGCAUUGCAUAGACUAUUAGAUUUAAUCUGUGAUAAUGUUUAUAUACACUGUGUAGUUACUUUUAUAUGUAUUUUUUACUUCUAAUGUUGACCAAUGUAAGUGCAUGGCACAUAAACAGGGCUAAAUAUAUUAUUAUUAUGG